UUGUUACACCGGUAGCCCCUCUUGUUGCUUCCUUGCUUGAGGAGAAUUUCUUUGUUUCGAAUCCAAAUUUCACGCAACUAAAUAAUGAAGUCUUUAACAGAAACUAUUACUACUCAUUAUCUAAUAUUUCUAGCAUAUUGCUCCCACUUUCCGAGGUCAUUUUGCUCUAGAGGGACCUAGGGGCAUAUCAACGCGAAGCAGCUUGCCCUAAAGUGAGCACGUGAUACAGUGACUGCCCAGAAUAGUUCGCGGAAUUUCUUUUUCUUUUCAACUCCACCCACGCACUUUGUCUGGUUUUCGCUCACGACUCCAACGAAUAUUUAUGGCCCCUGCGAAAGCUGGCGUAUUUAUUCAGGAUGCCUGCUACCAGCACCAAUACAUCCGGUCCAAAGACACGUCUCUAAUUGUUGAACGCCCCGAGCGUCUACGGGCAGUCAAAUUGGGGGUGGCUGCUGCUCUUUCCCGGAUACCUUCAGUUGUGGACGCUGAUGGAGACCCGGAUGACCUCGCAGCAGCACUCAGUCGCUUGGACAUCGCCAAGGAAACUGGAACAGACAAGGUGGAGAUCAUUCGAAGUACAGCGUCUGUUGAUAUUCUGCACCAUCCUGCGGUCAAAUUUGUUCACGGAGAUUUGGACGGAGACGUGUACAUACCAAAGAUAAAAUCGUGGGCUGAUGAGAGUCGAGAUAAGAUUGCGAAAGGGGAGAGCGAGAUACCUGAAGGAUAUUCUCAGGGCGAUCUCUACUUGUGUCCUGAAUCUAUUGUCGCGAUACAGGGAGCUCUGGGGUCCGUGUGCGAGGCCGUCGACACGGUUGUCGCGUCGUCCAAGAAGAAUGAUGAGCGCAACGGCAUCAGUCGCGCCUUCGUUGCCAUUCGACCACCUGGUCAUCAUUGUGGAGAAGAUACCCCGGAAGGAUUUUGUUUCGUAAAUAAUGUGGCAGUCGCUGCAGCGCAUGCCCACCUUCAACAUGGGAUCAACAGGGUCGUGAUAUUUGAUAUUGAUCUGCACCAUGGCAAUGGCACCCAAUCAAUUGUUUGGCAAAUCAACGAGGAAUCGUAUCGUAAAACCCUCGAGUCUGAAGGCGGUGCCCCAGAUAUCAAACCCGGCCCGCGAAUCUUUUACAGUUCUAUACAUGAUAUUCUAUCUUAUCCUUGCGAGGAUGGCAAGCCACAACUCGUCCAGGCCGCCUCUGUUUCUAUCCAUGGGGCGCAUGGACAGUACAUCGAGAAUGUCCAUCUCCAGACCUACGAAUCUCAAGAACAUUUCUUCAAUGUCCUGUACCCCCAGCGGUAUGCUGGAAUUCUGCGGAAGGCAGAACAAUUUCUAGACGAAACGGGCGGGCCCGGAGACGAUAUUUUAUUCUUUAUCAGCUGCGGUAUGGAUGCAUGCGAACACGAGUACGAGUCCAUGUCCCGACAUAACCGUAAAGUCCCCACGUCUUUUUAUCAUCGUUUCACGCAGGACGCGUGUAGUCUGAGCGAGCGUUACGCGGGCGGACGUAUCAUCAGUGUCUUGGAGGGCGGAUAUAGUGACCGAGCGUUGACGAGCGCGACAUUCGCUCAUAUUUUGGGCCUGGCUGAUUUACCGCCAGGAACAGUGCAGGAGGAUUGGUGGAGUUUGGACAACCUCGUCGCGCUGGAAAAGGCCACUAAGAAACGACGUGGAGCUCCGGGUCCCGUUGAGCCGUGGGUAGAGAAAGCUGCAAGAUUGUUUGCGUCGCUGGAGAGUAAGAUGAUCAAAGUGUCUGGAGUGACGCCUCCCAUGUCAAUGACGUUGAGAGAACGGAAGAAGGCGAGUGGUAGUGCUUCACCUGCAGGUGGCGGUUCGCCAGCAAAGAAGGAGAAAUCUCCGGUAAGGAAGGGAAGAGCAUCGCUACCAGUAGCGGCCGGUGACGGCGAUUCAUCUUCGUCCUCAUCAAAUGGGGUCGAGCCAACGAAGAAACUGCCUAGGGUGAUUCUGAAGCUUGGACCAAAUCCUUCAGUCGCGUAAUAGCUUGAUAUAUGUGAGUUCCAGUAUAGGGAUAUGUAUGAGAAGUACUGUAAUAUUUGUAUACUACCGUAUACCAGUUAGAGGAUAUCUUGUGUAAAAUGAUUAUUUAUUCAUUUAUUUA